AUGUCUUCGGACGCUCAGGCUUCCCAACGUCACACUCGUGCAGCUAACGCUUUUGCACAUCCAGGUCUUCCGGAUGUCAAAGAACCGGUGAAGCGGCGUAGCAAGAAGGAAAUCGAGGCGGCUAGGAAGGCUCAAGAGGCAGCAAAUGACGCUGCCGAGCGUGGUCGUACGACUGCGGUCAAAAGUGUAGCAUCAGUGCAGCAUGACAUGAAGCAGCGCGACGCACAGGAGCAGGCUCAACGUGUGCUGCCACCCAAGUUCGCUGUCAAAGCCUACAAGUCUUCGACCAACGUGGGGCCAGAGUCACAGGCUGUCGACCACGACAUCUCUGACACUGAAAGUCUCGACUCGCCGCUCGCAGUUGCACCGGUUCCUCCGAAGAAGACAAAGCUGAAGAAGGUAACGCGAAAGGAGAUUGAUGCCUUUCCCGUUACGACAACCGCUGCUGCCGAGCAGGCAGUACCCAAAACCUUGACCGAAAAGCAUGAGGUCGCAUCCGGAAAGCGCAAGUCCACGGCUGGGUCUGGCGAAGGUGUUCCAGCUCCCAAGAAGCCAAAGCCGACGCACCCUUCAGGAUUACUGGUGUCAUGGAGAGGGACCAAAAGUUCCACGGCCCCUUCAUCUGCGAAGUCACACAGCAAGCCUGAGGGUACUCCCACCGUUCCAGCUGCAACACUAGCUUCCACAAUGCCCGAGGAUACCACUGGUGAGGUCGACGGAUAUGAAUCCGGCGACUCAUCAUCCUCACUGUUCAACAAUGACAUCAUCAUUUUUCAGGGCAUUGUCAGUGUCGAUUCCGAGGGCGAAGAGCUUGUGCCGAAGUCGAAGGGCAAGAAAUCAUCUGGUGUCGGCUUCAUUGACCUCGGGAGCGACUUCGCACAAGCUGUGCAAACCAAGGUGUCUGCCCAGAACGUGACGAGUCAGGCGAUCACGCAGCCUGCUGAUGAACGUCAGGGUAGCCGCCGGCGCACAGUGACGAACCAUGACUUACCCCGAGGCACACUGCAAAGGUACAACAAGGUCUUCAUGCCGAAGCUAAUCCACGUCAUUGCUUGUCUCGCGAAUCCCUGGGAGUUGCAGGUCAUCGACUUCGCCGCGGAGCUUCGGCGCCUCUGGGACGAAGUCUUUCCGGAUGUGGUGCUUGGGUACGAGGUCGAGGCGGGGUCUUUACUGUAUACUUUGUCGAUGCAGCGCAUCUACAACUGGCGCUCCAGUUUCGGUGCCAAUGCGAUCAACGCAGUCGAGAAGUUCUGGGUGAAUGUGGGUAUCGAAGACCCGCGUGAUCGUGCGGAGUGCGCACGAGUUGCACUUGGGCAAGGGAAGCCAUAUCUCUUCGGCCAUGUGGAGUUCAUGCCAGAUGGACAGACUAUCGUGGUAAUCCAUAGUGUUCGCCUGCUGCGAGUGCGUACAUCUGCAAAGGGCUUUUCUUUAUUGUAG